AUGAACCAGGUGAAUAACACCUUUACACAGCCAUCCGAGUUUGUCAUCGUGGGCUUCCCAGGUAUCCAGCCUGAGUACUACAACCUGACGGCCUGGUUGUUCCUCUUCCUCUAUGUGAUCACGGUGGGGGGCAACUCCCUGCUGGUGGUGCUGUUUGCUGUGGAACACAGCCUCCAGAAACCCAUGUACAUCAUCAUGGUCAGUCUGGCCCUGUCUGACAUCGGCUUCGACACUGCAGCCCUGCCGAAAUUCAUCGCUCGUUACUGGUGGAACGACGGGUCUAUCAGCUUCCACACCUGCAUGAUCCAAACACAUAUAAUACAUUUCUUUGGCACCUUGAACUCCCUCAUCAUGAUGACCAUGGCCCUGGACCGCAGCCUGGCUAUCUGCUUCCCUCUCAGAUACCCUGUGUUGAUGACCAAUAGGAUCAUGACAGGCAUAUCAAUCCUUUCCUGGAUGGCGGCAAAUAUCACCCCUGGAUUUGCCGUCUCCGACUAUUCCCAGAUGAUCCCUUACUGUAAAUCCAACAAGAUCCUGCAUGCCUACUGUGAUGUGGUCGCUCUCGUCCAGAUAGGGUGUGGAGAUUUCUCUGCCAUCGUGCGGACGAGUACCUCGGUGGCCAUGUUGGUCCUCCUCGGGCCCCUGUCCCUCAUCAUCUUGUCCUAUGCCUGUGUCAUUGUCACAGUGAUGAAGAUGGCCACCUUACAGGGCAAGCUGAAGACCCUGUCUACCUGUGCCACUCAAGGGCUAAUCAUCUUCAUCUACUACAUCCCUCGUUUUGUCGUCUAUUCUAGCUUCCUCGUCCCGUCCCUGGUGUUGCCCACUGAUUUCCGCAUCGGCACAACUCUCUUCUACACUCUCUUUCCCCCUCUCAUCAACCCCUUCAUCUACUGCCUCAGGACCAAGGAGAUCAAGCAGCUGCUCAGACGCUGGGUCCAGCGCUGGACAAGCAAUGACCUGCUGAAGACCAACACAGUCUCUUCUGGAACACUGCUGUACAACAUGAACCAGGUGAAUAACACCUUUACACAGCCAUCCGAGUUUGUCAUCGUGGGCUUCCCAGGUAUCCAGCCUGAGUACUACAACCUGACGGCCUGGUUGUUCCUCUUCCUCUAUGUGAUCACGGUGGGGGGCAACUCCCUGCUGGUGGUGCUGUUUGCUGUGGAACACAGCCUCCAGAAACCCAUGUACAUCAUCAUGGUCAGUCUGGCCCUCUCUGACAUCGGCUUCGACACCGUAGCCCUGCCGAAAGCCAUCGCUCGUUACUGGUGGAACGACGGGUCUAUCGGCUUCCACACCUGCCUGUUCCAGAAGCAGAUGAUCCAUUAUUUUGGCACCUUGAACUCCCUCAUCAUGAUGACCAUGGCCCUGGACCGCUACCUGGCUAUCUGCUUCCCUCUCAGGUACCCCAUGUUGAUGACCAACCGGACCAUGGUGGGCAUAACCGUUGUUUUCUGGGUCAUGGCCACCAUCUCGCCCGGAAUUGGUACGUUUUUGUUUACGAAGAUCUCCUUCUGUCGGCAUAGCCGGGUCCUGCACAUCUACUGCGACACUGUGUCCCUCCUCCCCCUCGCCUGCGGAGACAUCUCCUUCGAGUCCCGGACCUCCGUGUCGUUGGCCCUGUUCGUCCUCCUCACCCCCCUGUCCUUAAUCAUCUUCUCCUAUGUCUGGGUCAUAGCGACGGUGAUGAAGAUGGCUAGCAGACAGGGCAAGCUGAAGACCCUGUCUACCUGUGCCACUCAAGUGUUUAUCAUCUUCAUCUACUACAUCCCUCGUUUCAUCGUCUAUUCUGCCAACCUCAACCCGUCCCUGGUGAUGACCCCUGACCUCCGCAUUGGCACAACUCUCUUCUACAGCCUCUUCCCCCCUCUCAUCAACCCCUUCAUCUACUGCCUCAGGACCAAGGAGAUCAAGCAGCUGCUCAGACGCUGGGUCCAGCGCUGGACAAGCAAUGACCUGCUGAAGCCCAACACAGUCUCUUCUCUCCCCAAAUGACA